AAUCAUAUCGUAUAAUACGAAACAGUCCUUGGAGGGGAAUGCUCACUAACGCAGUACUUUGUCGAUGUAAGUUGGGCAAAUUCGGAGCUCCGCACUGCUCGUAAUUACGGUGAAUUCAUAACUAAGCCGCAGGAGAAACUAUCCCCCAUCAUCAUCUUACACAGUUAGCCCCAAUUGAAGCUAUCAGCAGCGUCUUCCAUCACAAAACACUAAAGUAUAAAGACUUUUGAUUAUCCGUGAGCUAAAAAGUUUUGGUACAGACGUCAGAUUUCCAUAAAACUCAAAUCCUUCGCAACUUCAAAACUACAUGAGCGCAAGGAGAUCUCUUGCAAAUUCAUAUAAGUCAAGCCAUACCUCUUAUUUUCAAACAGUUCAAGAUGGCCCCUCAGUUGUUCUUCGUAGGUCUGGGAAACAUGGGCCGAGGCAUGGUCACCAACCUCGCACAAAAGGGCAACUUGGACAAGCCUGUCCUGAUCUACAACCGUACACAAAAGCGCGCCGAUGAGCUCUCAGCCAAGAUCGGCAACGGCAAGACCGAGGUUGUCAGCGAUCCUCUGGAUGGCCUCAAGCGCGCAGAUGUCAUCUUCACCAUGCUCAGCAACGACCAGGCAGUCGAGGAAAACAUCGACGCAUUCCUUUCGACGGGUGACGUCAGCGGGAAGCUCUUUGUCGAGUGCAGCACCAUCCACCCGGACACCACAGAGCGUCUGGCCAAGAAGGUAACCGAGGCGGGUGCCGAGUUCAUCGCCUCGCCCGUCUUUGGCGCACCACCUGCCGCCGAUGCCGGCCAGUUGAUCUUCGUCCCCGCCGGCCCCAAGGCGGUCAUCGAGAAGCUCAAGCCAUAUAGUGUCGGCGUGAUGGGCAAGGCUGAGGUCUUGCUUGCCGACCGACCUUAUGGUUCUUCGUCCACGCUGAAGCUCAUCGGCAACACCUUCAUCCUGAACAUGGUCGCUCAGCUUGGCGAGGCAUUUACCGUGGCAGAAAAGUCGGGGGUGGGCGUCGAGCCUCUCAAGAACUUCGUGGACACGCUCUUUGGCGGGGUGUACUCGGGCUACGCAGACCGAAUGGUCAAGGGCACAUACUGGAAGAUGGAAGAGCCUCUUUUCAGCGUAGAUAACGCCAUCAAGGAUGCCACCCAUGCACAGAGCAUUGCGAAGUCGGUGGGCGCAGAGGUAAACAAUGCGGCCAACGCUCAGGGGUAUUUGGAAGAUGUCAAGAAGCAAGUUGGGGGUGCAAAGGGUGAUAUUGCCGGCAUUUACGGCGCUGCCCGGGUGAGGGCGGGACUGAAGUACGAGAACGAUGCUUAAGCAAACUACACUGCAGCCAUGGUCCGAAUAAACGAACAGAUGAGCGACGCAGGGGACGGGCCCGUCUCUGAAAGUGAGCUGCAGCUCAUUUGUCGCGGAGUUGCACGGCGUCACAACGGCGAUACUUUGAUGUAACUAUGAGGAGGAGACCCAACGGUCUUGAAUCAAACAAGGUAGCAAACGCAUUGUGGCUUCCAUUGCCUCGAUCCAAACAAUCCCAAAUGUGUCUGUAUAUAGAAAGUAACAGACGCAAUGUUGCCCAAGAGUGUAAAUUCCGAGUUCAAAAGGAUUUCUAGACUUUAACGACAUGUAGUAGCAUUUAGUACUCAUAAUAUUGGAAGACAUUUCUACAAUAGACUGUAGAGCUUGUCAUGGAUGAAACCCCCCUGUUGG